CCGCAGCACAUCAACUAACCAUAAACAGUGGUUUACACUGUAAAACAGUGUUGCUGAUCAGUGCUCAGGAAGCGAAACCACUUCGUUUGCGCUGUCUCGAGCCUCUUCUGUCUUCUUGCCCGAGAUUAAGAGUUUUCAUCAUGGUCAAAGUAUCUUUUAACACGGCUCUCGCCAAAAAGGAUCCAAAGAAGGACAGUGAGACACUCAUUCCCGAUGCCCAGGAUCCUGAGGCUGCAGCUUUUGUGCAUCAGCAAUCAAAGGUGUGGUGCUGGUGCUUUUGUCUGGGAUUGGCUCUUGUACUUUCUGGUGUUGUAGUGGGAGGAGCUUACCUGUAUAGGUACUAUGUGCUAGAGGAGGGGCGGGUUUUUGUUUGUGGGAUGAAGUACGUUGAGGAAGACUAUGAGAUGGAUAAGGAGGUGGGGACAGCACAGAAGUUGAUUGAGGAGAAUGUGCGCAUUUUGGAGGAUGAUGACGUAGAACUCAUCACAGUCCCAGUCCCUGAGUUCGGAGACAGCGAUCCGGCAAACAUCGUGCAUGACUUCAACAUGAGGCUGACUGCUUAUCUCGACCUGAAUCUGAACAAGUGCUACAUCAUUGCUCUGAACACCUCUAUCGUCAUGCCACCCAAGGACCUUUCAGAGUUUCUGGUUAACGUCAUGGCAGGAACGUAUCUUCCUCAGUCGUACCUGAUGCAUGAAGAGAUGAUGGUUACAGAGAAGCUGGAAAGCAGCACUCAGCUGGGCUAUUUCAUCAAUAACCUGUGCAAAGGCAAAAACAUGUACAGACUCCAGCGCAGAGACACCAUAGUUGGUAUGCAGAAGCGUGAGGCUCUCAACUGCCUUAAGAUCCGGCAUUUUGAAAACAAGUUUGUCGUGGAGACCUUGAUCUGCGAGCCCUGAGGAUAAAGCAUGUCAGCGAGCAUACAAAAAGAGAGGGAGGAGAAAUACACACAGGUGUCUUUGAUACAAUUGCAGCAUUUAAACUCUUCAUUGCAGUAAAAUGCUUUUCCUUUAUAGCUGUUUGCUUUCCAUUCUUUUUCAAAUCUUAAAUGGGAAAAUUAAAUUUUUCACGUUUUCUUUUCUGCACAAAGAAAAAGAUGUGAUAUAUUUGUGUUUGCUUUGAAAAACUAGUUUAAAUAUUAGUCAUCGUAAUAUUGCACACCAAAGACGUAAUGAUAUAAAUUGUAUGUUAAGUCAGAAUGGGUAAUGAAAUAUGUAACUGACCAUUUUCACAUCUCUAAACAGUCUAAAACAUUUUCUGUUACAACAUAUGUUGCAUUUAAUAUCUGCAACAUCUACUGUAUUUAUUAUUGACACUGUUGAAAGAUAAUAGCAAAUGUGUGUAAUUUGGAUGUUGCAGCACUACCUUGAAUUGAGCAUAAAUAGUCAGUACACAGCGCUUUGUUUUUGUACAAAUACAAAACUAGAAAAGCUAAAAUCACAGAUUUAAAAUUUGACUAUUUUUAUACCAUAUAGCCUCUAUAUUUGCUUAUUUGUAUAUAACCUGUCAAUGAAAAGACAAAUAAAAUCUUAAUCUUUAGGCUUCUGUGUUUUGUCUGAAGAUAUGUAAUAAACUCCCAUUUACACAUU